AUGGUUCCUGAUUCAACCGCGAACGUGAAUUCGUCUUCUGCGGAUAAAAAACUACAAAUGUACGCCGAUACGACUGAUUACAAUGAUAAACAUUUGCUUAAAUCUCGAUUAUCAAGCAUCAAAUCAUAUCUGUAUCCGACUUUAUUAGCGUUACUUUUAUUACUUGGCACAACACUUCUGGUUAUCGUUCUUACCCGACGAAAUACAUGUCGGCAAAUGGAAGAAGGACGCAUCAUGCCUCAUCUUGAAUUGUUAUCACAAGAUCAUACAGAACCAUGGACACCGUGUGUUAAGAUAGGUAAGCUGUCGACGGCAUGUGUUUGCCCGGCCACAUUUAUACAUUCAACAAAAAAUCCGUCACAUUGUAUUCCAAGUCAUUCACAUUGUCUGCAAUCAUGCAAAACGAAUCCGCAUUGUGCAUGCCAUAAACUUCACGAUGCUGAUCUUUGCCGUGAAGCGACGCGUCAUUGGAUUGAAAAAGAACUUAAACUCGGCGCGAUUGAACCCGUCAAUCCAAAACUAUGGACAAAGAACAUUCUACAACAUCCAUGGCUAGAUCAUGCCCAUCGCCAUCUCGAACAUAUCCUUGUCAAUACGAAGUCUGGCGAACGAUUAUUUUUCAGUUCCGAUCGACGAACAGGCAUCACUAUUCAUGAACAAGAAGAUGACUAUUUACUCAAUGAACGUUGGACUAAAUUUGAAACAAAUACCACCGAAGAACACAUCGUCUAUACACAAUUAGAUCCUCAAGCACAUACUUGUCGUAUGUCGUUGAUUAAUGAUGAUGGAGCAGUUGCUCAUGGUUUAAUUCAUUCAUGCCCUGGUGAGACAAUCGGCGCACCAUAUUUUCUCGGUGUAGCUUGUGAUAACGUUCUCGUUCUUUGGCAUGGUAGCCAACAAUCUCAAACACGACACGAAGCUAAUCGGGCUAUCGUACGACAUCAUUUCGAAUUGAACCUUCCACACUUGCCGGUUUUACUCGAUCCAUUCCAUCGUUAUUACUCACUAUACGAUGAUCUAAUGGUUGAAAUUAAGGAUUUGAAUAGUCAUGUGCUUGGUCAGCUAUUUACAAACAUUCACCGGCCAACCAAAUUCGAAUUUAUCGAUGCACGCGGAACUAUUCUUAUUGCUAAUCAUACACAUAUGCAAUUGCUACGCACAACAAAUGAACAUGCCUGGCUCGAUAUGUAA